AUGAUAGCACUGCGAGACAACAUUAUCUUUUUUAUUGAUGAAUUUAACAAUAAGGAUUUGAGAGGUACGCAUGCGUUCGCGAUUCCGACUCCGGUAGGCAUGCCGUUAUCGAGGCGAAGCUUCCUUUCAGCAGUAUUCAGUCGGAAAGACAACGAUGAUAUUCAACAUUUCCUUAACAGUGAAGGUUCGAUUAGUCAAGCAGCAUGGUUUGAAUUAGGAUGUGGUAGUUCGUUGUCUACUCGGAUGAAGGCAAUGGAGCAAUUAGAGUCGAUCGUUAGAGGCAGACGACUACAAAUAAGCACCGUUGAAGCUCUAUAUCAUGAGACCAAAGAUCUAUACGAAGUGGAUGAAGCAAGGGAUUCGUUCUUAAAAACAUUUAUUACCCUCACUGAAUAUCAACUGGAUCAACUCGGUUUGGCAAUGCGCGACACAUUUUUUUCCUUAAUCCGUUCAAUGGGUCUCAGUGAUUUAUCUUUGGAGUGGUUCAUAGCUCUGUCAGUGAAUGGCGAUAAAGUAGCAGGUUUUGAAUACGACUUCAUGAGCCUUCAGCUUAAUUGGCUACGAGAAGUGCUAGAUCUAAAUAAGGUGGAUCAUCGACAUGCUAUCCGAGUACUUCAACUCACACAGCAAGCCAUAAAAACAAAUGCUGGUUUUAUUACAAAUAAGGAGAUUGAUGAAAUUGUUCAUAAUAUUUGCUUAAGAAUAUGUCGUAAGGCAGAUCAUUUGACAUACGAAUGUUUAUUAUUACUAGGAAUUAUUUUAAAAUAUGGUCGCAUCCCAGAUACGAAGUUGCUGAUAUUAAUAACAACAUUGUGUUCGGUAAUGAAUGAACAGAAAUGGGGUUCCACUGCAUGGAACGUAAUGAGAGGUUUAUUGGGAUCUCAUUAUGGUCAUAAUGUUAUAAAGCUAAUGCUUGAUUUAUUAAAAGAUAGCGUCAAUUGUCCGAAAACACAGGUUCUUGUAGGUGCUAUAUACUGUAUACAUACCGCUCUCUGGAGUCAGCAAAAUAUUGGUAAUUUACGCUGUCAUCCAAGUGUUGCUCUUCCAAAUAUGUUGCCAGCAAUGGAAGCAGGUCCUGAAGUUGUGAAUGAAGUGUUGAUUGCCAUCCGACGGUUACUGAAUGCCAGUGGAAAAAAUCUACAGCAGCUGAGUUGGCACUGUAUCUUGCAACUCCUUAAACAGGCUUUAAAGCUUUGUGAACAGAUAUCAUGGAAAGGAAAAGUUAGAGAGCAGCGAUCACGUAUUCAUCAUUUACUGAGCAUUAUUGAGAAUUUAUAUCAUGAUGGUAACUAUGGUGGCUCCUCCGAAGCGCUGUAUUCACUGAUAGAAAGUUAUAUCGAUGAACGUCCUGUUACAAGCAUCAUAGCAUUAUUUGAUUACCGUGUAGCUUGUUUGGAUCCCUUUAUAUCAAAUUGGCUUCACACUCUUCAACAACUUGUCCAAAAGCAUCUUCAAGACAACUACCCUUCUGCAGUUAGGGAGAAAGCUGUUAGCGUCCUGCACACUGUUUAUAUGAAGUACCACUGGCUACAUGAGAGAGCAGUUGUUACAGAUUUAGUUUGUCCUAUACUUAGAGGUUGUAUUCGUGAAAAUAAUGCCAAAAUUCAGUAUCAAAUGUUAAAUGUUUUAUUUGAUGUUGCAAAAACGGUAUCUUUACGUGAAUCCGAAGAUGAUGACCUGUUUUUAAUGGUAAUGGAGAUAGCCAAUUCAUUUCUUGCACUUGAUCUCGACACUGCAGAAGUUUUUGAAAAUAUGGAAAUAUUGACGGGGGAUGUAUGCCAAGUUUUAGCUGAACGUUUUUCUGAUUUGCGAAGCUCUCAUCUUCAUUAUAUCAUACAUAUACUUUGUGAACAUCUUCAUUCCCACUAUCAACAUGGACUUGUUCGCGAAAUUGGUUGCGAAAUACGGGAGCGCAUAUUUUCCGCAUUAUUGACUCUUGUUUGUAAUCCACCUUCAGAGCAAAUGGUUUGUAUUGGUGAGUUUGAUGACGUAACUAAUGUACGAAUAUGUCGUGCUGGAGGUGAUACUAAUGGAAAUUUUAAGUGGAGCGAAAUAUGCGUAGUGGUGACAAGAGCUAUUGAAGAGGAGCUCUGGUUCCCGGUUAUGAAAAUAAUUUUGCAACGGUUGUGUCGAAUAGUAGAAGUGCGAGAUUUGAUUUUUACAGCGGGUACUGAACGCAUAGAAAAACUUAAAAACGCUAUAAUUGCAUUAUAUCACAAGCGUAACACUUUGCUUUCUGAUGCCGAUUUAACUAUAAAUCCAUCACAUAAGGGCGAAGUUGACCUACCGAAAUAUAUUUGUCCUAUUUUUAGUCGUCUAAUUAAUUAUUAUCAUGAUGAAAGUAUUUGUAAAAUUAUGGUUGAUUGCGUUCCUUCUCUUCCAAGCGGAUGUCAGCAGGCAAUAAUGGCCUGUGACCUAGCAGUGCAGGUGCUGCCUGAUUGUAUGGCACCAUUAGCCCGACAGUUAAUAUCCCAUUUGGCAAGUCUUCAUCCAAGUGCAGUUCUUGCUAUCCCUAUUAUCGAAUUAGCUUCGGACUGUUCCUCAGUGCCAGAGUUUUAUCAAUUUUUUGAGAUCAAGCAUUUCAAAUUUGUUAUUGAUAUACUGGCAUCGUAUACAAACGUUCAUCGAUAUAACACAUUUAUUGUUGCUGCUGCGUUUCGUACACUAAUGAGAUGGUAUACAAAAAUGUCAGAUGCAGUAAAACCAACGAUAUGCAACUAUAUUAUAAAUAAGAUUGAAGAAGAAGCAAAAACUUGUCUACCGAACGUCAUAAAUGCCAAAGAGCAUUCAGAUGAACGGCAAUCGUCUGAUUCUGGCACACCAACCACUGCUGCCUUUUCCUUUGGUUCAGCUAAUCGGAAAGACAUGAUUAUAAAUGAGGAUACUAAUAUGAGAGAUGAGUUGGCUGAAGAAACAAUUAAAGCACUGAAAACAUUCAUGAAACACAGCAAAAUUAGUGACGUAGCGCCCACUCAAUCGAUGCCAAAUACAAAACUAGUGGAGCGCUGGUCAAACCAUUGGGUUAUUAAUGAUGUAGUUAUUUCUGUUACCAGUUUUACUGAAACUCUAUCAAGUGGGACAAGUAAGAUGUUCGAAUUGGAUAGUGGUGAAGAAAACCCAUCAACGGAAAUACCAGAUAGAGAGAUAUCAAGUUUUGACAGGAGACGGCGUCAUCAGUCAGCAAUCCAUCGCCCAAACGAGAAAUAUGUAGCUCCUUACCGUCCAACUCUGGAUGACUUAUGCACAGUGGCGAAAUAUGAAUCGAAAAAAGUUCGUGUUCCGGUGGUGACGUGGAUUCAGGUUGUUGUACGGCAUAUACUUGGUAAAUAUUCAUGGUAUAUGCGAUCACUAAAAGAUUUUCCUGAUGAUUUUGGAGCAGCAGACAAUUUUUAUGGUAUUGACGAGGGAUUAUCGAUUUUAAAACUUCUCGUUGAUGAUAACAAAGCUGUUCAGAUAUCAGUUCGUGAUAAGAACAAAACAUUGAGAUCUUUGCGCAAUAUUGAUCGGAUAUCAUCACUUGAAUUGCACACCGUUGGUGUUGUCUACGUAGCCCAUGGGCAGACUAAGGAAUCCGAAAUUUUGGGGAAUGUUUAUGGUUCGGCGCGUUACUCUAGUUUUUUAAGGCUUCUAGGCGAACCAAUAUCUCUGGAAGAUUGUCCAGGUGGUCUUGCAGAUGGUUUCUGUGGGACAUUUACAUACGUAUAUACGGAUGAGAUUUCGAAAACCGUUUUCCAUGUGGCAACUCUAAUGCCAAAAAGCGAAAUUGACCCGCUUUGCAACUGCAAGAAAAAGUUUAUUGGAAAUGAUUUUGUUUCGGUCGUCUUCAACGACAGUAGCUCGCCCUAUGUCCUUGGAACAAUUAGUGGAAAAUUUGCACAUGUCGCUUUGGAGGUAGUACCACAAGAUAAUGAGCAUUUGUUGGUAACUGUCCAUGCGCGUAAAGAAAUUGCAUUAUGGUUGGCAAUCUCACGCGCUUUUUUACCGGAUCAACAGGCUGCUGUUCUUAUACGGAAGCUAAUCUUACGGGCACAACUAUCAGUGAAUGUUUGGAGACGUGAAGAGGAGGAAAAAGGGCCACCCUACAUUGGACUCGUUGUUGAACGAUUACGGGCAAUUCGGGCACUUGCUGCACAUGCUACACCUAUUUCAUAG